AUGGACGAGAAGUACCAGAGGAUCAAGGUGCUCGGCAAGGGAUCCUUCGGCAAGGCGUACCUCGUCAAGAACACCGAGGAGAAUGCGCUCUGCGUCGUCAAGCAGAUGGAGACAUCUGCCAUGGAACCCAAGGAACGCAACGAAGCGGUGAAAGAGGCGAUGCUGUUGAAAAAGAUGGAUCAUCCGAACAUCGUCCGGUUCAAGGAGGAUGGGCAGCUGCUGCCUGGAAGAGGCGGCGCCACGGGCAUUCACGCCCCAUCCGCCGGCCGCGCGGAGGCGCUGAAGAACAUCGGCCGCAAUAUGGUCCUCUCCGGAUCCGCCGAGGUCCCCCGAGAUGGCCAUGAGGAGUGGCUGCAGCAGUGGACGCGGACCGGCUCCUUGGCCCCCUUUGCGACGAACUACUUUGUGCGCGAGGCACCAGCCCACAUGCAGUGGCACAGCAACGGGCAAGCAAAGGGCUCGACCUUGACAGCACAGCGGGUGCUGAACAAAGGCGGCCCGGAGGCCCUCCUGUCAGAGACGGCGAGGUCACUGGCCCGACACCCUCCACAGGAGGGCCUCCGUGCGGCCGGCGCGCCGUCUGGCCGCACCGACAGGGACUUCGGGAGGAUCGGCGCCCUGAAUUGCGGACGGUACUGA